AUGGCACCACAAAGCUCCAUUUUUGUGAAAAAAAGAGUUAAAACAAUCACUAAAAACUAUCAGGACGAUAUUUUUGAACCUGUUGUCAAGCCUCUAAAUGAUACUGUUUGCUGGAAGCCAUUGGGUUUUCCAGCAGAAUUCCACUCAAGAUCACAAGGCCAGAUCAACUCAGCAGUGGCUGCAAAAGAACAUUCCAGAGUUCAUCUCUGCCUUGGAUUGGCCCUCAGGAAGCCCUGGUCUCAACCCACUAGAUUAUCGGCUUUAGUCCGAAAUGGAGAGGAUGGCAUACCACAGAGCACACCCUAA